GAAAGAUAGCAGAAACAGAAGGCACUUUGGACAGCCUGGAUUGGAUCAACACACUCACAGGAUUCGUCAUUCCUUUUGGUUUCGUUGCCGUGCCGCUCAUUGAGCUUAGCAUGCACAGGCUCGGUACCAUGUGGACAGUGCAGCUGACAACCCUCAUCGGUGUCGUGUACAAUGUCCUCCAGCUGGUCCCGAGCCUUCACGUUCAGCUGGUGACUGUAGUGCUCUUUGCGGCUUGGAGAGCCUUCCUCUACAGCACCAUUAGCGCCUUCAACGGCGAAAUUUUUGGGGUGAAGACCAUGGGGCGCAUCAUGGGGCUCUGCUUUGUAUUUUCCGGUCUCACAAACAUGCUCACGGGCCCACUCGUGAACUCUGCAGUCGACUCGGACAACUUUACGCAGCUGUUGAUAGAGGGCGUGGCUAUCACCAUUCCUCUUCCGGUCCUCUUUUUCAUCCUCCAGAGGCGGCGGAGCCAGCGCUCCGAGGCGCGAGCGCCGCUCACGGACGUGGAGCCUUCUCCGCCAGUGAGCCGCACAAACAGUCGGCGUAAGUCCUUGGUCAUUGACCCCCUCGGCGGGAUGUCAAUAACCCGUGCGCGGUCUGCUCAAGCAUUUGAUGACAACAUGGAGGAGCAGGAUGGUGCGGGUCUGGCGAACGGUGGAGGCGCGAGUAUGCAGCCGUUUUGA